GCAUCUCCAGUGGAAUCAGCUGAACCGUUCCCAGUUGUCUCUCUGAAUGGCCCUGUGUGCAAGUAUGUGGCAGUGGAACUGAAAUCUGCCUUUGAGGAGACUGGCAAGACCAAGGAGGUGAUUGACACCAAGUAUGGCUUCCUGGACGGGAAGGGCUCUGCCGUCAAGUACACACAGUCGGACAUCCGGUUAAUCGAGGUGACGGAGAACAUCUGCAAGCGGCUGCUGGAUUACAACCUGCACAAGGAGAGGAGUGGCAGGAACAGAUUCGCAAAGGGGAGGGGCAUGUCGGAGACGUUCGAGACCCUGCACAACCUGGUGCACAAGGGCGUCAAGGUGGUGAUGGACAUUCCCUACGAGCUGUGGAACGAGACCUCUGCUGAGGUGGCUGACCUCAAAAAGCAGUGCGAUGUGCUGGUGGAGGAGUAUGAAGACGUGAUUGAGGACUGGUACCGGCACCACCAGACAGAGGAUCUCUCCCAGUUUCUCUGUGCCGACCACGUGCUGAAAGGGAAGGACACGA